AACGGAAGUGGUUACGGCCCUAGUGAAUCCGGGUGGGUGCGCGCAGGCGGCCGCACAGGUUCCAGGUCUUUAACGUGAGUCCGCUGCAGGUGUGCGGCCCAGUCCGAGACAGCAGAUGAGGAGACUGUCCUUCCUGUUUCACAGAUGAGGAAACUGAGGCCUAGAGAAGUUUGGCAAAUUGCCUAAGUUCCUACAGCUAGAAAACAGAAACUACAUGGAGAAAGCCACAUGUUACAGAAAAAUGAAAAAGGGGCUAUUUUGUGGCUUGCUUCAUUGAUUUACAUUAACCUGCCUGGCGCUGUGGACACUUCCAUUUGCAACCGCCUUCUAUGCAUCUUGGAUAUCUCUCUAAGUUCUACCUUUUUCUUUUUCUUUUCUGAUCCUUUCUGUUUUGUACCGCCACUGCCUUACCCUACAAUAACCGAAUCAGUUUCUAUGGAGAACUGCUGAGCCUUCUGGAGCAACAGAAAGUGUUGACUCAAGCCUGUUUCCUCCACUCCCUCACUGCCCCACCUUCCAGAGAAGUAAAAAAAAAUCUCCCUACCAACUGACUGAUGAUUACAAUUUUUUUUUAAUUGAGAAGCAAAAGUUUUCCUUCAACGGUUAGGUGAUCAAAGGUUUAAAAUGCAAAAUACUUUGAAGAAGAUCCAUUAACUAAAAAAUUCAUUAAUUAGUCAGCAGUUAGAGAUUGUGGGAUUAGUGAUAUGCUUUUCUAAAGAGUAGAAAAGUCGAAGAUGUCUAGACAGAACUUAGUGGCUUUGACAGUGACUACCCUUCUGGGUGUGGCUGUAGGGGGGUUUGUCCUCUGGAAAGGCAUCCAGCGCCGCCGAAGGAGUAAAACGAGCCCUGUGACCCAACAGCCACAGCAGAAAGUGCUGGGCAGUAGAGAGCUGCCCCCUCCAGAAGAUGAUCAGCUGCACUCCAGUGCCCCCAGAUCCUCGUGGGAGGAACGGAUCCUUAAAGCAAAGGUGGUGACGGUGUCUCAGGAGGCAGAGUGGGAUCAAAUCGAGCCCUUGCUUAGAAGUGAAUUAGAAGAUUUUCCAGUACUUGGAAUUGACUGUGAGUGGGUAAAUUUGGAAGGCAAAGCCAGCCCUCUGUCACUUCUACAAAUGGCCUCUCCAAGUGGCCUCUGUGUCUUGGUUCGCCUGCCCAAGCUAAUCUGUGGAGGAAAAACACUACCAAGAACAUUAUUGGAUAUUUUGGCAGAUGGCACCAUUUUGAAAGUUGGAGUGGGAUGCUCAGAAGAUGCCAGCAAGCUUCUGCAGGAUUAUGGCCUCGUUGUUAGGGGGUGCCUGGACCUCCGAUACCUAGCCAUGCGGCAGAGAAACAAUUUGCUCUGUAAUGGGCUUAGCCUGAAAUCCCUCGCUGAGACUGUUUUGAACUUUCCCCUUGACAAGUCCCUUCUACUUCGUUGCAGCAACUGGAAUGCUGAGACUCUCACAGAGGACCAGGUAAUUUAUGCUGCCAGGGAUGCCCAGAUUUCAGUGGCUCUCUUUCUUCAUCUUCUUGGAUACCCUUUCUCUAGGAAUUCACCUGGAGAAAAAAACGAUGACCACAGUAGCUGGAGAAAAGUCUUGGAAAAAUGCCAGGGUGUGGUCGACAUCCCAUUUCGAAGCAAAGGAAUGAGCAGAUUGGGAGAAGAGGUUAAUGGGGAAGCAACAGAAUCUCAGCAGAAGCCAAGAAAUAAGAAGUCUAAGAUGGAUGGGAUGGUGCCAGGCAACCACCAAGGGAGAGACCCCAGAAAACAUAAAAGAAAGCCCCUGGGGGUGGGCUAUUCUGCCAGAAAAUCACCUCUUUAUGAUAACUGCUUUCUCCAUGCUCCUGAUGGACAGCCCCUCUGCACUUGUGAUAGAAGAAAAGCUCAGUGGUACCUGGACAAAGGCAUUGGUGAGCUGGUGAGUGAAGAGCCCUUUGUGGUGAAGCUACGGUUUGAACCUGCAGGAAGGCCCGAAUCUCCUGGAGACUAUUACUUGAUGGUUAAAGAGAAUCUGUGUGUAGUGUGUGGCAAGAGAGACUCCUACAUUCGGAAGAACGUGAUUCCACAUGAGUACCGGAAGCACUUCCCCAUCGAGAUGAAGGACCACAACUCCCACGAUGUGCUGCUGCUCUGCACCUCCUGCCAUGCCAUUUCCAACUACUAUGACAACCAUCUGAAGCAGCAGCUGGCCAAGGAGUUCCAGGCCCCCAUCGGCUCUGAGGAGGGCUUGCGCCUGCUGGAAGAUCCUGAGCGCCGGCAGGUGCGUUCUGGAGCCAGGGCCCUGCUCAACGCGGAGAGCCUGCCUGCUCAUCGAAAGGAGGAGCUGCUGCAAGCACUCAGAGAGUUUUAUAACUCAGACAUGGUCACAGAGGAGAUGCUUCAAGAGGCUGCCAGCCUGGAGACCAGAAUCUCCAAUGAAAACUAUGUUCCUCACGGGCUGAAGGUGGUGCAGUGUCACAGCCAGGGUGGCCUGCGCUCCCUCAUGCAGCUGGAGAGCCGCUGGCGUCAGCACUUCCUGGACUCCAUGCAGCCCAAGCACCUGCCCCAGCAGUGGUCAGUGGACCACAACCAUCAGAAGCUGCUCCGGAAAUUCGGGGAAGAUCUUCCCAUCCAGCUGUCGUGAUAGCUGCUUUCCUCCCAGUUAGGACAGGUGGGAAGCUGGAGCCAAGGUCGAAGAGUCGCCUGUUUCCAUUUUAAUACAUCAUUAAUUGUCAAAGCCUGGGUGACACAACUCAGAAUACUAACCUAGACUAAUCCCAGGAUGCUUCUGCUGGAGCAAAGAUAUUGUUUGAAGGAGAGUUUAUGGUUUUGGAUUUUAAACGGGCAGGGUCUUUUUUCCUCUCUUAUUUUUGUGGACAAGAGAGGCCUUCGCCUUUAUUUUUACUCUCCCUCUUCUGCUGUCCCUGUGCAGAGGAAAAAUGAAGAAUUCUCCCAGAAGUGACUUGUCAAGACUUUAAAAAAAUGUUUUUAAUGCAUUUCUUCCUUGUCUAGUGCCUCGGUUUAUCUCUAACAGGGGCUGUCCAGUAUAUCGGUCCCGUUAGGAGGGGAGAAAAAGUUCUUCCAAAGGCUGGAGAAGUGAACAAGGAGUCAAAUUUAUUUUCCCAAUUGAACUUCGUAAUUAUCAUUUCUUUGGCUUCAUGCUCUCCCAUAACUCAUGUGGUUGGGAUCCAUCCCAUCUGGGUCACUUCAGUCUACUUCACAUACUUGAAAAGGCCUUCCUUUACACUUCCAGGACCAAACAGCAACUUCCUGCCACACGCUUCCACCCUAUCACUGGGAGAAAUCCUUUUCUGGAAAUGAGCCUUUGACCUGGGUGGGGCAGAAAGAACCACAAACUCCAUCUCCCAAUAGAACUUUGAAAUUCACUCAGCUUUUCCUUUCAUGCUCUUUGUUGCCUGCUUGUUGCACUCCUCCUGCCCCAGAACUGCAAGAUUUUUAGCUUCACCCCUUUCUGAGAGGAAUGUUAUCUUUUAUCAGAAUCAGUGUCAGUUCCCCUGUAUUCUGUGCUUCAUCGAAUUUGCAAGACUGACCUCUUUUAAGCAUUUAAUUCACUCCCAGAGUCAUCUGGUCAGGUUGCAAUAUGAGGACUUCUGUCUCCUCUGAAGCCUGGGACACUGAGCUUACUUAAUACAUUAGAUGUUCAAAAGAGGAGUGUUGUUUCAUCUUUCAAAAUGUUAGGCCAUCACUUUGAGUAUAAAACUGACUUAUUAAUGAUUAGUAAUUUUUCUAAAGUAUUAGGAAAACUUUCGUAUUUUAUAAGAUCUUAACAAGCUUAAAAAAGAAUUUUAUGACCAGAAUCCAACAAGAGCUCUAUUUUGGAAUUGUGCCCAAGUUGGUGAUGUUUACUCUAAAAUUGAUAAUAAAACUACUUGUAAGCACAAGG